AUGGAUGCCAUUCCUGGAGGCACCAUGCAGGACAUUGUCGGAGAAAAUCGCGAAAUCAGGCAUAGGGAAGUCGUUGAGCCGGGCGUCCGUCCACCUUGCGGUUCAGGGACACGAAGACGGGCUUUACGUCCGAUGCCCCCGCUGAUGUACUCAUCGCCGCCAGCUCUGACAGAACUUAGGUCACUGUUGCCGCCUUACGAAGCUGCUGAGCUACUCGUCGAUACCUAUUUCGACAGAGUUCAUUGGUUUAUGCUCAUCUUUCAACAGGAUGACUUUCGUCAAGACUGGCCACACCUGUAUAAGACACAAUUAGACCGCGCAAGUGAAGAUUGCAACGAUCUAGGAUUCCUCAGCACUUUUUUGAUGGUCAUUGCUAUUGGAGCGCACUAUGCCGGACCCUACCGACAAGGUCUCCUUGCUCGUCACGAAGUUCAACCUGAGGCGCUCAAGCAGAGCAUUCUUAAAGCCAUAAAAUCCAGUUUGCUGGAUAUUAUCUCGGUUGGGUCGUUAGAGGUGGUUCAAACGUGCAUCCUAUUAGGAACAUACUAUCUCUUCCACGGUUCUCCUCGGCUAGCAUGGCCGGUCUGCGGCUGCGGCCUUCGGGUUGCCCAGUCGCUCAACUUACACCGCAAGGUCGAUAAAGACCAUGCCACCUUGUCAUUAACUCCUAUCGAGCGCAGCCAGAAUGAAACGAGGAAGCGUUGCUGGUGGGCCAUCUACGAGAUAGAGACGUUCUGUUCGAUGUCUUACGGCUAUCCUCAUAGCAUCAAAGACGCAGACUGCGAUGUUGAGCCACUGAAUCCGUCCGCGAAGCAACGGAAUGCUCCGUCACCUGUGUCCUUUGAUGAACCGUUGAGAUGCGAGACCACCCUUUUGUCGUACAAGUACUACAUGUCCAAAUUAUCCGUUCUUACCAAAGCGGUCCUCACCGAGCUCUAUGGAAUUGGGCCCGGUCUAGUAAACAAUAACAGGGCUUCUGGUGAGUCUGGCUCGAGCUUACCCGCUGUUGUUAUGAAGGUAGCUAGUCUGGAUGCAAGACUUCGGAACUGGCGAGCUGAUAUCCCUCCCAAACUACGCUGGGAGACGCUUGCUUCUACCCGCGUGAGCUAUUCAUCUCAGGAAGAAUUCGAUCGAGAUAUUGGCGCAUCGGGUGUUCGAUUCGACAGUCAUAUCUACCACCUUCAGUCGUUAGCACUGAAGCUUGCGUAUGAAAACGCCAUGAUCCUAACUCACAGGCCGCUUCUGUCGUACAGGCUCGUGACUAAAGCUGACGAGAAGCUGGAUGAUAUGUCUCGUCUUGAGACCAUCCAAGAGAAUCCUUUUUUGAGAUCGAUGAGGGCAUGUCACGAUGCAGGCAUGAGCCUGUCCGAACUCGUGAACAGCCCUAUUCUUGACCUUGUCUCUGAAACCUAUGCAGCUGCCUUUGUUAGCAUCCAUACGUUCACCGCGGGAGUUGCUCUUGGAAUCCUAGGCAGUGUUGAGCCGCUCACGCCGCAGGCUCAAGAAGCCAAAGUUGGGCUGCAUCGACUUAUGGCCAUUCAAGUGAAAUUGACAAGUCGAUCCCUACUAGCUACGCAAGGCUUAGAUAUUCUUCAGAGAUUGACUAGACUCGUCCUGGACAAAGAGCUAAGCAUGAUGCUCGAUGUUUCGAAGCCCAUACGAUGGCCAGAGCGACAUAGCGGUGUAGAUUCCAAUCUCAACGCCAUUCAAACAGGCACACUUUCUCCGAAGCAAUCUUCAAGCGGUCAGCGCACGAGGAGAUCGGCUCACGAUGCUGCUAGGGCUGUCCUGCAGACGGACCGACAAUUGAGCGUGUCUGAUCCCCAGGACACUCAAGAAGCAGAGGCCCGGAUAGACAUGCCCGAACCUAACUGUGUCGGCAACUUUUCGCAUCUUCAGUAUGCGGAGGACGUUUCUGUGUCGGAGGCGCUCUAUGAUUUCGAUCAAGUGCUUUCAUCGUAUGUUAACAGCUCCUGGGCUGAUCCUGACCCAUUGGCCACUGAUACAUCACACGACCGGACAUUACACGAUGAAGGGCUCUCAAUGCUGGAACAAACGUGGAUUUGGGGACCGGAUACCCUACCGUUUCAUGACUGA